CGAAUGAGUUCCGUGUAGACUGGAUUGCAAUCGCUACAGCCACCAGUUCUCUAGCCAUGCAGUUGUUGGCCAUCUUCUCCUUCUUUGUCUCUGUGCAUUCUCUAGCCAUAGAGCAGAGAUCAUGCGUUUCAUCUGACGUUGUCGCUGUAGCACAGCAAGUGACCAACCCUCACUACUUUUGUGCUUGGUACCUGAGCGAUGUAGAGCCAGCUGGCACAAAGGCCAAGAACCUGGAUGCAAUUGCCAAAGCAGCACGCCUCCAAAGCUUCGUUAGCGCAACAUGCCCAAGCACAUCUGGUAACCCAAUCAACAAGGAGUUCAAGGAUUCUUCUGCAUUCUGUUCCUUCUUCAACUCUUUCGAGCGACAAGAUUCGCCUAUACCUAACCUGAACGUGCCGGCCGUCAGACAUGCUUGCAAGUGCGUCUUGCAGAGUCCUACAACAUCCACAAAGAAAUCCAGCACAAAGCCAGCGUCAACGUCGACCAAGAAAACAAGCUCCAAGUCAUCAUCAUUAUCUUCUUCGAAGAGACCG